AUGCUGCUCCCACGAAUAUUAGCGCCAGUGCGCGCAUCAAUAUCAGCGUCAUCCAAGAUCAUCGCACCCUCGAAAUCUGUCCUCGAAGCCCUCCGCGCCGCCAAUGGCACCACCGCACCCUUCGCAACCACAAUCCUCCCCUUCGUACGAUACGCCUCGCAUCAGUCCCAAGGACGAGCCAACGGCGCCAAAGACGGUCCAGGAAAGCGAUUAGGAGCGAAGAAAAGUGGAGCCUGGUUCCCCGGCGAGAACUGCAAAUUCGGACGAGACCACUGCAUCUUCGCUACGGAGAGUGGAUAUGUACGAUACUACAAAGACCCGAACAGACAUCCCGAUCGCCAAUUCAUCGGCGUCGCGCUGGAAAAACACCACUCGCUCCCCUACCCCCUCACCGCGCCGCGGCAACGCCGAUUAAACAUGGUGGCUGUCGAACGGACCGUGGAAUCGGGCGACCAAUUACUCGCGACUACCACACCAGACACCACUUCGCCGCGGGAUAAGAGCGGCAGGAUUCUAACCAUGGGCAAGGGCUAUGCGUUCCGCGAGCAAAAUUGGCAGAUUGGGCGGAGUGCCGAGAGGGCCGGUGUCAAGUUUGAUGAGUUUGUGCCGGGAGAUAGGUGGGCGGCGUGGCGCAAGAGUCGGGCCCGUAUCCAGGCGAACGAGGAGAAGAAGAAGUUGAGGAAUAGCAGCAAGAAGGGUGGCAAGUCGAAGAAGGAGGCGAAGAGGGGGCGGUAG